GGCGGCGCCCAAGAGGCGCCCCGGUGAGGCGCGGGUGCGCAAGCGGGAGUUCCGGCGGCGUGCCCGUGCUGAGGGCCGGAGCCUUCACCAUGGCCUCAGCGGAGUUGGACUACACCAUCGAGAUCCCGGAUCAGCCCUGCUGGAGCCAGAAGACCAGCCCCAGCCAAGGUGGGAAGGAGGCGGAGGCCUGGCAGCCUGUGGUGAUUCUCUUGGGCUGGGGUGGCUGCAGGGACAAGUACCUCGCCAAGUAUAGCGCCAUCUACCACAAGAGGGGCUGCAUCGUGAUCCGGUACACGGCCCCGUGGCACAUGGUCUUCUUCGCAGAAUCCCUGGGCAUCCCUUCGCUUCGCGUUUUGGCCCAGAAGCUGCUUGAGCUGCUCUUUGACUAUGAGAUUGAGAAGGAGCCUCUGCUCUUCCACGUCUUCAGCAAUGCUGGCGUCAUGCUGUACCGCUAUGUGCUGGAGCUCCUGCAGACCCACCAGCGCUUCUGCCACCUGCACGUGGUGGGCACCAUCUUCGAUAGCGGUCCUGGUGACAGCAACCUGCUAGGAGCUCUGCGGGCCCUGGCCACCAUCCUGGAGCACCGGUCCACUGUGCUGCGCCUGUCGCUCCUGAUGGCCUUUGCCCUGGUGGCAGUCCUGUUCCACGUCCUGCUUGCUCCACUCACUGCCCUCUUCCACACCCACUUCUAUGACAGGCUACAGGACGCAAGCUCUCGCUGGCCCGAGCUCUACCUCUACUCGCGGGCUGACGAGGUUGUCCUGGCUCGGGAUGUGGAGCGCAUGGUGGAAGCACGCCUGGCGCACCAAGUCCGGGUGCGCUCUGUGGACUUCAUGUCGUCCGCACAUGUCAGCCAUCUUCGCGACUACCCUACUUACUACACGAGCCUCUGUGUCAACUUCAUGCGCAGCUGUCUCCACGGCUAAGAUCCUCGCGCCCUCAUCUCUGUUCCAGAAAUAAAUGCCUGACUCCUCCCUCCAACCUG